UAUGGGGAAAUUAAGCGGUUUAAUGGAUAAAUUCCGUGUAAAUAUUUGUGUAAAAAUAUAAAAAUAUAAUGAAGCCUAAAAACUACUUCUUGUCUUCUCACUUUUGGGGCCCAGUUGCCAACUGGGGGUUUGUUAUCGCCGGUUUAACUGAAGUGACAAAGAAUCCCGAGUUUAUUUCCCCUAAAAUGACUGGAGUUUUAUGCAUAUACAGUAUUCUGUUCAUGCGAUUCUCACUGGUGGUGAAACCUCGAAACCUUCUACUCUUCAGCUGUCACUUGUGCAACUCCUCAGUCCAGGGCUAUAAUUUUUUCAGGUACUACUCAUACCAAAAGAGAAAGAAAUUGGAAUCCAUCGCAUCUUAAUUUUGUUAUACCAACAACUUAAUAUCGUAUUAAAAUUC